CUUUGCCCUGGCAAAAUAAAAAAGAAAAAUAUCGUUUGCAGACAGAAAACCAACUCCAAAUCAAUGUACAACCAGAUGUUUUGUAAUUGUACCUUUUUUUAGGACAAAAGAAUACCAUCAGACUAAAAAAGAAAACAGAGGAAAACGCCAACGUACGUUCCUUCCUUCUCCAAAAAAAGGCUAAUCAAUCAGUCCUUUUUCCCUAUCCUCUCUUUUCCUCUGAUUAACAAAAUUUACGGCUGCAAAGUUAGAAAGAGAAAUAAAAAAAAAAAAGAGAAGCUACUGUCUUUUAGACACAAGUGAUCUAGAAAGAGGUUUAGAAUUUCGAUGGCGAUACUAUACGCGCUGGUUGCGCGUGGAUCGGUGGUCCUGGCGGAGUUCACUGAGGUGUCGACGAACGCGAACGCCAUCGCCCGGCAAAUUCUGGAGAAAAUACCGGGAGACAACGAUACUCACAUUUCGUAUUCACAAGAUCGAUACAUCUUCCACGUCAAACGCACCGAUGGACUCACCGUUCUUUGUAUGGCCGACGAAAGUGCCGGAAGGCGAAUUCCUUUUGCAUUUCUUCAAGACAUUCAUCAGAGAUUCGUCAGGACUUACGGCCGAGCAGUAUUUUCAGCCCUUCCAUAUGGAAUGAACGAUGAAUUUUCAAGGGUUUUGAGCCAGCAAAUGGAAUAUUACUCAAGUGAUCCUAAUGCUGAUAGGCUAAAUCGACUAAAAGGUGAAAUGAGUCAGGUGCGAAACGUUAUGAUAGAGAAUAUUGACAAAGUUUUAGAGAGAGGUGAUCGAUUAGAGUUGCUGGUGGACAAAACCACUAACAUGCAAGGAAAUACCUUUCGCUUCAGAAAACAAGCUCGCAGUUUUAGAAACACAGUAUGGUGGAGAAACGUCAAGCUGAUGGUUGCUCUGAUAAUCCUCCUCCUAAUUAUUGUUUAUGUUGUGCUUGCUUUUGUUUGCCAUGGGAUCACGCUACCUUCCUGCCUAAAAUGA